CGCCAGUUCACGAAGUCCUACAACCUGUUGAUCCACGAACGGACCCACACGGACGAGAGGCCUUAUUCCUGCGACAUCUGCGGGAAGGCCUUCCGUCGACAGGAUCACCUCAGGGACCACAAAUACAUCCACAGCCGAGAGAAGCCGUUCAAGUGUGAACAGUGCGGGAAGGGGUUCUGCCAGUCUCGUACCCUGGCCGUACACAAGGUACUGCACCUCGAGGACAGCCCCCACAAGUGCCACUUCUGCCAAAAGACCUUCAACCAGAGGUCGAAUCUGAAGACUCACCUCCUGACGCACAUGUCCCUCGGAGGCACGCCUCCUCCCCCUCCCAAUCCUCCUCCUCAGCCGAAGACCAAGGUUCCCUUCAGCAUCGAAGCCAUCCUCAAGUAAGAGGACUCCAUCGAACAAAAACAAAAAUCUCCUCGUAGCCGAUCGAGCGAAAUCUUGAGACGAUCGAGCGCUACGACGAUCGUGCGCUAACCCGGACCCGAUAUACUCAGCCUGAGACCUCAAUUCAUUCGUUGUGUCUUUGUCAUCCCGGUAAUGAUUAUUAAUUAUAUGAACGUGCCAAAAAUACUCCACUUUUACAACCAGGUGCCAAAGCCAACACCCUUUUGCAUACUCGUGUGCCAAAGUUCAUUCGAUCGUGUGCCGUUGAAUCCUCCUACCUUUUUUCGGGAUGUCAUUUUUUUUUGUUCUUCGUUAUAUCAUUCGCUGUGAUAAUGCAAACAUUUUUUGUGCCAAUUGUAUCUUCUUUUUCAAUGUGAAUAAAAUUAUUUAUUCCGAGAUGGAA